AUGAAGACCUCAACUUCAGCCUUGCUCGCGGGCACAGGCUUGACACAUGUUGCCGCUCAGUUUGAUUGCAACAACCCUGAUAUUGCCUGCCCGGACACGCAGGAGUGGUUUGACCAGUUGCCACAGCCUCUGGUCGACUGCGAUGCCGACUUCCGCCCCGAAUGGGAAGAUUGCCAGUCUACUGUUGAUUACUGGUUCGGCGAGAAGGAGGACUGGAACACCGACACGAUUCAUACGCACGGCGAAGAUGGACUGCCGACGCCAUCCUGCCGUUGGUGGUUCUGGGAGGACGGCAACUGUCGGAUCACACACUGCUUCACCGAUCAGGCGCCUGCUGGGGACAAGGCCAUCUACGCCUACUUCAAGAAGGACUACAACGCCAUCCGCGAUCGGUGCCAGACAUUCCGUGCUGGUGGCUUCUCAAAGACUAAGAGCAAGCGAGACGAUGACGACGAUGACUAUCUGAUCCUUUUCACGGCCAAGAACGUUCGCCAGCCAGGGAUCUACGACCGUGGUCCCCGCAUGUCGCCCGGUGUCGGUUACACCUACACCAAAACUGAAGGAUACUCGGUAACGACGUCGGUCAGCGCCGAGAUUGGCGGUGCUUUCAAGAUGUUCACCGCCGGUAUCAGCUCGUCGGUCGAAGAGACCGAGAGUGUCGAGGUCAGCGAGUCGAUGAAGUAUGACGUGCCCUGCAACAACGGUCAGACGGGACAGGUGCACUGGCAUCCUCUAUUUGACUUUUACGAGGUCGAAUUCUUCCCCAGCGGCACUAUUGCUGAGAUUUGGCUUCCCGUCAAGGGCAGUGACGACUUUGCCGCUGGCGAGUUCGCCAUCAACUGCCUUGGUUAG